GUUGUGUCAUUUGCGACUAUACGAAUUAUAUAUUUAUGUGCACGUCGAAGUUACUAUAUAUAAUAUUACAUUAUGUUGGAAAAACCGUCCGGUACGGAUAAUCAGUUAUCCAAAGAAGAUUAUUUAAUAAUGAGAGCUAAGAAAGCAUUGCCGGGCGAUAUUUAUGCCGCUAAAUCCUGGUUGAUCACCGCCAGAUCUUUAUUUCCGCAUAGUGCAAAAGUUCAGUUUGAGGCAUAUCGUAUCGAGAAACUGUCAAAGAAUGUAAAAGAGGCAGCAAAAUGCUUUAGCGAGAUAUUUCAAAAUUUUCCGGAUGAUCGCGAUAUAUGGAAAGAGAUAGAAACAAUGACAACGUGUCUUCGCUUAGAACAGUGUGAUAGCGAAGCUGAAUUUUUGUGCCAAAUGUUCCAACACAUCCCACAGGAUUUACAACAUAGGUUGCUUGUAAUGACAGCAGAUCAUAGCGAAGAUACAAUGGAACAUUGUAAAUUAUUGCUAUUAUUACUACGCAAGUUUCCUCAAACCAUAGCAACUUAUGGACCACGUUUGGUGGAAACUUUAUUAACUGCGGAGAAACACAGUCAUCCAGGCCGAGCUGUGAAUGGUUUUAGAAGAUUAUUGGCAUGCGAAACAUUACCACUGCUUGGUGAUACUGUAGUGGAAUUAAAUCCUCGUCUUAGCUUACGAUUGUUAUGCAAGGCUGUAGAAUUUUACUUAGCAUACAUACAGCAGCCACAAGAUACGCAAAUUCAAAAUCCAUGGGAUAGACUUUUCCAAAUUAUGGAACUGAUAGGUAAGAAAUUAGGGUGGGAAUUGAGCAGUUUAUUCGCUAUGCCUUGGAAUCGUGAAACAUACAGUGAUAGGCUACAGCAGUAUGCAAUUGUACACAGCACUGGUCUGUGCGACGAGCCUAUUGUCAGGCAAUUACUAAUGUGCACAAUUGUAGUAUUAUUGAGAAUAUUGAACGAGCAUAACGCUCUCAUUAACAACGAAGAAACAGUGUAUUGUCUUGUAGAGGCUUUUGGAGAAGAAGUAUAUUCUGCAGAAUCUAAAUUGAAAAAGCGAAAGCGAGAUGACAAUGCUGGCGUAGUAAUAACUAGUGACAGCGAUUACAAUGGCAGUGGCUUAGCAUUGGCAGUAAAGUUGUGGGAUUUAUUACAUAGUAGUGACUAUCUUCAAAGAGAAAUAACUAAAUUGAAUCAACAAUUGCGGUUAGAUAAUUGGCUGAAUCUAUUCUUAACAGAUUUAGCAAUAUAUAAAGGUUUACAUCAUGAAGUAAGGGCUAGAUUAUUAGAAGGGAAUACUUUAUCUACUAAUAUUCGUUUGGCCUGUACAAGUUUCUUUUUGAAAGAUUACCAGGCUAUGUUGGAAUAUAUUGUUGUAGUAACAAACUCGUUACCUACUACAGCAGGCAAAAUAUCUCACACUCUGACAGUUCCAAGCACCAGACACUUACAUUAUUUGACUCUUGCUCGUUUUCCUAUUUUACAAUAUUGUUGUAAAUUGCUUCUUUUAGCUAUAAAGGAAAAUUUUUCUUCACCUGGAAAUAUUGGAGACUUGUCUAUUGGACAUGCAUUGGUCCUUAUACAGAUAGAUUGGCCGCAAGAAGCUAAUCUUUUAACUACAAUAACAGAACGAAUUCUCAAUCGUGGAAGUUUUAUUUAUCCAUUAUUCCAAUCAUACAUAAUAUGUAUAGAUAUCUUAGAAGAAUUAACGUAUUUAUGGUCUGAUCAUGGCGGAGGAGUAUCAUUAGACAUAACAACAGGAAUGGCGAUUAUACAAAAUCGCCGUGUCACUACUCGUGGUGCUGAUAAAGGAGUACGUGAGGAAUUUAAGCAAGCCAUGCGUCAACAAGCCGCACGGGACGGUACUGUAUAUUUAGAUGAACUGUUAGAGAAAUUUAUUAUUAAUGAACAAAACGUCAUUCUGCAUAGCUUAGGCCGGCCACAGUGUACUGAUUUGCGAUAACAAGCAGUUUUGUCAUACAAACGCUCCAAUAAAUUUGAACGAGCAUGCUUGUGCAAACUAGACAUAGUAUACAUAGAUCACAUAAUAUCAUUAUCGAGCAUUUUUGCAUUAAAAAUGGGCUAAAUGUACAUUCGAAUGUUGAAGGAAGCGGAGAUGCUGAGUACAAAAAGUGCAAGCAAUGUGUGAACAGACAUUCUGAUUAGAUUUCAGUCUUUAGUUACAACCAAACGUGCAACGUCGCUAGACACAUUCCGAUUUACUUCGUAAGUCAGUUUUGCGCAAGUAUCGAGUGAAUUUUCAUAUUUGCUCCAGUCACUUGUGCAAAAUAACUGUAGUUUUGUUACACACACGCUCCAAUGAACUUGUACAAGUGGCUUGCGCAUAUAUACUUGAUAAGUUUAUUUGAACAUGUAUGGCCGGCUUUUAUUCCAAACAAA